UGCUGCUACACAGACAGGAUGAGACCGGAUCCAGUGUGCACAGCAUACACCUUCAGUUACUUAGAAGCGGACCCGACCCUUUCUCCUCCUCUCUCGUCCUUGGGAUCAGCCGCUUUUGAAGAUUUUGUUGGGACCAAAGCCAAGAGAAAAUCUGGGGACCUGAAACUCGCACUGGGAAUAUUUCCAAUCAGAUUUCGGGAUUUUUGAGCUCAUGAGCGCUUUUGUACCUCCAACUUGCAACACUGAAAAAGUAAAAGAAGAAAGUGUGAGAAGACAGCUCCUCGAUGAAAAAGAGCUGUAUUGUUUUUCAGAAUUGCGUUUUUACGCAUAUGCAUCUCAAACCUCUCCAGCUGUGGAGUGAAACACAGGCUGUGAAAUUACAGAAGAUAUUUGAUAUUUGUCUUUCUCUAACUGAAACACAGAUCUCUACUCCUGGUUGUCAUGGCUCACACCAGCGCGUGGAUGUAAAUAAAGAUAAACUCACAGAGUUAAAGAUUGGGUAACAUCCAGCUUAAACGCGACUUUGCUUUCCCGUCACCUCUGGUCACAAAACGGGACAUUCUGAAGCGGAGGUGCCGUGGUUAACGCCAUGAGACCAUCCAAAUACUAAUGUGAUGGGGUGUUGAUGGAGAGGAUUUCGAAUGUCAGCCGGGACAGUGGUCAUCGCAGGAGGAAUUUUGGCUACAGUCAUCUUACUGACGAUCGUCGCGGUGCUGUGUUUAUGUAGGUUGCAGUAUUACUGCUGUAAGAGGGAGGAGUCUGAGAAGGGGGAAGAGGAGGAACCUGAGCUCGCCACCAUGUCGCCGUCUCGCCCCCUGGCUCUGUCGGCUCCUCCUACACCUCCAACGCCAGAGCAAUACAGCGACGAGCCCGAGACGUACCCUCCCACUUUCCUCACUGAAGCCAAUGGCCCCGUCAGCUACUCACCUCCGCCUCCGCCGCCACGCAGGUGCUAUCGCUCGCACGCCUUCUGCCCUUCCUGUGCCCGCUGCUCACUGCCCUUCUACUUGCAGCACCCAGAGAGGCUGUGCAAUGGCGGUCGCAGGAUCAGCUACAGGACUGUGCAGCAGCAGGACAUGGAGUUGCCCAUGGACUUGGCCAGCUUUUACCAGAAGCUGAACCUCAUCCGCCAGGUCACCAUGAAGGAAGUAGUCACCCACAGUGUCAGCACCGACGUUUAGCAAAACAGCACCGCUGAUUUAAACGAUUCAAUACACAUUCAGUUAUUUCAGCACUAUGCUGUCAGUGAAUGGCUUUUAGACCAAACUUCAGGGCAGCAAUGAUGGAAGUCUGCAACGCUAAAGCAAAAAGGUGAAUGCAUCACUGAAACACACGAAGGGACUAAUUUCAAAAACUGCGCCUUUUAUUUGCUGAAUAGCUAGGUAAGUAGCUACUCAACAUAUCUGCCGUCAAAGCAUGAACAAGAAUCGACAAAAAAAAUAUUUAUAAUGUGAGUUUUCUUCAGUAACUUCAACACAGAUUUCAUUUGUUUAAAUGCACCACAGCAGUGCAAACAGAGGAGGUAAGAUAAGUAAGUCUGGUUGUGUGGAUAUUAAAGCUAAUGUCAGACCAAAACCAGCAAGUAUUAUGUGUGAGUGUAUCAAAGCCUGCUCUCUCUCUGUCCAACAGAGCUCCACUGUUGUUCCUAAAAUAGUUAAAUAUCUCACUGUUGACCUCGGUGACUUGUUCUUUCAUUAGCAGGAAUGCAAACAUUGUAGCUUAGAUAGGCCUAGCCCCGCACACACCAUCCUGCUGUCACAAAAACCACUGAAGCACCAAAUGUAGAUUAAUCUGUCACUGAAAAUAGUCCCCAGCUAAUGUUCUAUUAAAUCCAGCGACUGAGGAAAUAAUCUUUUCAAUAGAGAGUAUUUAUUAGUAUGUAAGCUGUUUUUCAGCUCUUACACAAACACUCAGUUUAACUUCAGGUAAAAGCUCAUAACUGCACAGACACGGUCUCUUCCUUUGAAAGAGUGAUGGGGUGUUGAGCCCAAAACGAACAGCAAAGUUUUCACACAGCAAUUACAUAGAUUCAUGCCAAAAUCAUUUUUGGCAAAUAUAUAUGCUUCACACAGAGUUGAGAUUGUCCUAAAGCACUGACAAUCACAAACAAAUGACACGCUUUUACAAGUUGUAAUCAGAACGUUCCGAGUAGAGUUUCAUAAAAAUCAAAAAGUCCACCCAGUUUUAAUUUGGGCUCAUAUUCAAGUGCAUCUCCUUGUGCACCUAUGGACUGAUUUCAUCCUGGCUUCUAUUAUUGUUUUUUUUAGAAGUUUUGUUCUUCCCCCUUGUUUUUGUUCCUAUGCAGUGUAUGCUGGAUCUCCUCCAUUGUGUGAAAACAUUGAUCUUAAGAGUUCAUUUUAAUUUUGGUGGUAAAAAUCCCAGUGAGGCAAAUUGGGUGAGUGAUUGUGUUGUUGUGGAGUUUUCAAUGCACUCUGAGCGGACACGUCACGGCACAUAGGACCACAGCAUGGAUGGCAUCAUUUCCUCUCACUGGUCUCCCUCAGACUCCUCGGGACUUUACAGUAGAAGUCCACAUUGAAUUAAUGAAUUCAUGAUUAAUAAACUGAGCAAUUCUGCCUUUGAGCAGCUUCUUGGUCAUCACCAAGUGCUGAUCGCCUUCUUGUGAAAUUUGGGUCGGUUUUAAACAAAAGAUGUUUGACCUCUGCCAAAGUUUAAGGUCACAGUGUAAAUACCCAAAAUGAGACUUCCGUGACAUGGUCUAAAUAUCGCAGCUAUUCGGACGUGCCUGAGAAGAUGAUUUUGAAUGGGAGACUGGCUAGAUUGAUCACACCUUGUAUAAAGAGACUGAAUUACAAAAAACAGAAUGUGCAGAGGAGGAGAAGAGGAUGACCACAGAAAAUUCCUGGAUGUAGUGAAGGAGGACAUGCAGAGGGUGGGUGUGACAGAAGAGGAUGCUGGGAUAUGGUGAUGAUAGAGGCAGAUGAGCUGCUGUGGUGACUCCUAAAGGGAGCAGCUGAAAGAAGAAGAAGAAAAUGGAUACAUAAAAAUGCAUAAAAGCUCAAAUAAUUUCUCAUACAGAUUCUGGUUGAUUCAUAUUUGUGUUCAUUGGUGUAGCUGUCACACAGGGUCAACACGGGGUUGUUGGUUUUUUUGUUUGCCUUCUGACGUCAGAGGCUGGAGAGCCAGGCUGUGAUAUGUCAGUAUGUGACUGUUUCAGUACUAACAGAGAAAACUAACAUUAUUUUAAAGGGCUUUUCUGGAGCAUUCAGUGAUCCAGUGACUGUGAAUUAGGAGGGACAGCAUUUACAUCCUGUUAAGACAUCAUGCUGUAGAUAAAUGCUGUUCUCCAACUUAGAUAUUAAGUAUUUAAUACCUAAAAGAGGAGGAAUGAAUUGUAUAUACAGUAUUUAAGGGGAAAAGAUACAGAUAUAUGUCAAAUAUUCUUGAUGACAGAGCAGUAGAUCCAAAUGAUAUUUUACAAAUUUUACAUCCAUAGAGAGAAACAAUUCUACAGCUCCUGGACUCAUUUCUUCUUCUUUCACAAAACAACACAGAUGCUGACACAUUUAUCGGAUCAGAAUCUUUGUUUGGAGCAAACUUUCACUCUAGUAGCAUGUAUGAUAAAAUAGUACGCUGCUAAUCCAAAAGGUUUGUUCUCAUAGGCUCACAGAGAGACUGGGUGUAUUUGCCUGUCUGUCAAACCGUGCACAACCUGCAGUGCUGUGAUCUGAAACAUAUUUGGAAAUCUUUCAGCAGAAGACUUUUACUAUAUGAUGAAAACUUAUGAGACUGUAUAUGCAUAUAUGUAUAUCUCCCACUGGAUUCCUGGAGUCUGAUAUUUUUUGGCCAUCUUUUUUGAGCAAGAAGGUAAAUCUAACCAAGAGCAAGAGCAGACCACACAGUUAUACAACCGGAACUUACCAGCCAUGCCCUCAAUCAUACACUGCUUCGCGAUUCACUCUAAAUGAGACCAUGAUUUAAAAUAAACCUCAUAUUAUAUCAAAUAAAUAAAGGCUUAAAACUAGUAAUAGAAGCUAUCAAUUCAAGAAAGCACUAUCCUUCACAACCAGAGCAGUUGCUACAUGAUGGCCAUUAAGAAAUAUGCAGGUUUACUUAGUUUAGUGCAGUGUUACUGCAAUAAAAAAAAACUUAAAACUGGCUGUUUGUACACUGACACAGCUAAACUGACUGCACAGUAAUUCUGUUCAGUUUUUGUUAAACAUUAGCAAAUGAUUCUUCACUUUUUUAACAAGCUUCAAGCCGGAUGGAUGGUAGAAUCACAGCCAUAAAGACAGAAACAGAGAGGCACAUCAUCCAAGUCCUGUCUCCUCAUCAUAGUGUGGUCUGUACCAGCUGGUGCUGAACCCACCAUCUUUAGUCAGUGCAUUUGGUUUGUUUCUCUCCUCUGCUCUCUAUUUCACUUUGUUUGUGUGAGGUGCUUCUAGUCCUUCAGUUCACAGCAUCAAAAAAUAAAUGAACAUAGAUGUGCAGCAUCUACACAUCUUUCAUUACCUCAUACAUGGAUUAUUGUCUCUAAGUUCAAUGUCCACAGAAAAAAACAUGUUACAUAUAUUAUGUAUCAUAUGGUCAUCUCAUGAUUUCUCCAUGCAGCCUCCAGAAAGCUGAACAUGCUUAGAGAAGAUGUCAAGACAAGUUAUAUUUGGAUUUGGUCGUCCUAAGUAAAGCACUGUCCUCACAGCUCCUUCUGUUCUGUGUGAGUUUGGGUCAUGGAUUGCUUCUAUUUAUUGAGGAAUGACACUAUUCAGGGUAAGAGAACAUAUUUGUGCCACUUAAGGUGUUUUUCGAGAUACAGCUGCAGGUUGCUCACUGUGAUGACUGCAGAGUUUUUAUUAUUAUUAUUAUUAUUAUUAUUAUUAUUAUUAUUAUAGAAAAGAUUGAAACUGUUGCUUUGGUUUUUUGUCUGCUUCAGUAGUUGAUGUGUUUCAAUUAUCCUGUCAGUGCAGCAGAUGAGACGUUUGGGUCUGUCAAACUGGCCAGCAGGAGGCGUCAGCCACAUCUGCAGUCAAACCUUUGUUUACUGUAGCCGCUCUGUGUGUCAAGUUCAUUUACUGUGUUAA